AUGGCAAGUAAUCUUGAAACACCAGAAAAUUUUAUUUUCGCAUUUCAAAAGUAUUUAGACAAACUACAACAUUUAGAAACGGAUAUAAGAAAUCAAGUCAAUGAAGAAAUUAUAAACACACGCACUAGUUAUGAUGUCGAAGAAGAAUAUACUAUUAGUUCUGAUGAUUUAAAUGAUUACGAGUUUAAAAACCUGCGUCACGAAUACAAUAAUCUUAUUAGAACUUUCAAAUCUAAAUCAAAGGACAAAGAAACAGACUUUUUGUUUAAAACAUUUUAUCAAGUUUUUGAUGUAUUUCAAGAAAAUGGUUACCUAAAACCAAGAAAGUACUGCUAUAAAUUUAAUAUUUUUAAAGACGCCACUAAGGUUUCAUUUAUACCUAACAAUGUCAAAAUUAAAAAAAUUAAAAUUGGGGAUGAUGAUGAUAUCGACAGUCAAAUAAACUCAAUAUACGGGAUUUCAAGAAAAGAACAACCAAAGUCGUUUGACAUCAUUAUUAAUGCAAUAGAAGCAACUGAUUUUUUUGUAAAUAGAGUCUUGGUAAAAUCUUGGAAAACAUUAGAAAGUUAUGACGAAUCAAAAACUGUCAAAGAAAUAGCAGAAUUACCUGAUAGUAACAUGAACAAAAUAGUACUUUUGCUAACAGAGUCAAAUUAUGGAAACAUUAUAAACAGUUACCUCGAAAUACCAAAGCUUUUAUUUUUUGCGCAAUUACUUUUUGAUAAUGGAUUAGUUUUUCCUAUUGAAAUAACUGAAGAAAGUUAUAGCAAAUUUAAAAAGAACGUAAAUAAAGCAUUACGCGAAUGGGAAUCAAAAAUUGCCGAGUUGAAUUUAGAGAAAUCUGGUUGCACUCCGGAGACUAUUGAUUUUAAAAUUGCCAAAAGGGAAGCAAUAAACAAAGUAAGAAAACGCCUUAAUUUAGCAGUAGAUCUAUGGUUAUGGUGUAAAACUUUUGGCUUGAUCAUUUUAGCCGGAAAUCCUAAUUUUGGCAUUGACUUCUGGGAGAAGAAUUUAAAUAAAUCAAAUUAUUUUAAGAUGUAUGAGUUGCUUAGUAAUAGCAAUCGACUAAAACAAGAUUUAAAGCAACAAAAUGAUAACUUUUGCUUGAUCAUUUAUCAAGGAUUAGAAUCAUAUGCAGAUCAUCUGAAUCUGAAUGACAAAAAUUUAGUCAAAAAGCUCCCAAUUAAACCAAUUUUAUUUGAAGUUCCUGUUGAAUUAUUUAAUCAAAUUAAGAAUGAACAAGUUGAUGAAUCGCCAUUUAUUAUUAGUAGAGAUGAAGUUAAUGCAUUUAGUUUUAAUGAAGCAAUAAGUGGAGAAGGCGCAUAUAGAGAAGUUAGUGCUACGUUCAACAAAUCUGGCAAUAGUUCAAGAUCAGCAAGUUUCUCAGAUAAUUCACAAAUGGAAAUAGAUGCAGUGUUGCGAAAUAUUCAUCAGCAAGAGAUGAAUAUUACUCAGAAAGAAACAAUCGAUUACCACCGAACGUAUGUAGAUGACCCUAGCACUUAUACACCAAGCAGUGCAAUCCAGAAUAUGAUAAAUGAUGACGAUGUAACUGAAAAUAUGAAAGCGUUUAUUGAAUUAAGAUGCAAGUUUUAUCAACAACAUGCUGAUAA